UCAGACAUCCUUUCAAUCCAUUUACUAACUCAGGGAGUUUUAUUUGCCCUCAUCUUUCGGGCAAUGGAAAACUCAGCAUUUGAAAUGCAUGAAGAUGCCUUCUCCUCUGCCCCAUCUCAGGAUAAGGUGAUCACCUCUUCUGCCCUGGAAAAGAAGAGCCAUUGGUCUCUAAUGAAGAUCUUCCUGGUUUGUCUCCUGGCCUGUAUUAUUACCACAUUGAUAGGUGUGCUGAUUCUCUCCUUGGUUUAUGUUUCCAACUUCCGACCGCAAGCAGACUCUCACUUCCAGCCUGAAAAUGACCUUUCAAAACCACCAGAGACUCUCCCUGACUCGAAGGAUAAAAAUCUUGUUGACUUUAAAUUCCAAUUUCUUAAUCGCUUGCAUAAAUCCAAGGUAUUUGAGUUCCCAGGUGGUGCUAUCCAGUGGGCACGAUACCGGAAUAAUCUCCAGGACUACCUUAGCAUUGAAGAAGAGGCCUUUGGCACCAGCCUGAAUAGGCAGCAGUCACGCAUGACUUUUGGAACCUUGAGAAUAAAAAGCAAUGGCCUCCGUGCCCCACACUGGCACUUCAAUGCCAAUGAACAUGGCUACCUUGCUCAGGGGACCGCCUGGAUUGGAGUAGUUGAUGAUGGAGGCAGUGUGGUCACCACAUACAAUGUUACAGCUGGUCAAGUCAUCUUCUUCCCUAAAAAUAUCCUGCACUGGAUAAAGAAUGUAGGAAAUGAGGACUGCCUUUUCUUGCUCUUCUUCACCACUCAUGAUGAGCUUCAGACUCUGGAUGUUGAUGAUGUGUUUUUUUCUACACCAGAGGACAUUGCAUCCAGAUCCCUCAAGCCUCAAGGUGGAGUUAAUUUCAUUAGAACAUUCAAGAAACAAGAAGAGGAUCAGGCUGUCAAUCUUCCGCCCAAUUUGGCUGAGCUGGUGAUGAAUGCCAGCUACAUACAAUCCCCAGACAGCCUGGUGUGGAGAUACUUUUAUGAUCUUAAAGGUUCAAAGGAAUUUAUAUUUCCAGGAGGAAUAAUCCAGUGGGCUCGAUAUAGAAAAAAUGGAAAUGGACUCAGUGACAAUGAGAAAAUUUUCAGCGAAUCCUUAAAUCAGCACGAAAAUACCCUUACUCUGGGAACUCUCAGAAUUUACACCAAUGGCUUACGACAACCUCAUUUUCACUUUAACGCUAAUGAAAUGGGAUAUGUCAUCAGUGGAUGUGGAAAGGUGGGAAUUGUUAGCUCCCAAGGAACUACCGAUUUUAACAUUGGUAUUGGAGAUGUAGUAUUUUUUCCUAUUGGAACCCAGCAUUACAUCAAGAGUACAUGUGAUGAGGACUUACUUUUCAUUCUCGCCUUCACCACUGGAAACCAGCUACAAACCCUGGACCUGGAUGACUAUAUCCAUGCGACAGCAGACCACAUCCUGGCCCAGCUUUUCUUCAAGAAACAAAGCGAGUUUAAGAAGAUCCCCAAAUUCACUGAGGAUCAAGCCAUCAAUUUGCCUUAGACUGAGUGAGAACUUGACAGUCUGCACGUCCUUUUCCAUUCCCCUUUCCUGAGAAACAUUUGGUUCACAGAUCGGUUAGAAUGUUUCAAGUACAAAGCCAUCUCAUCUUCAAAUAACUAGGCAGUUAGCUUAGUGAAAGUGGAUUUCUUUGAAUUUCAAUAUUUAAAAACAAAGGUAAAAGAAAGUAAAUUAUUUGUCUGCAGUUACAAAGAAAUAUUUCAGAUGAAACUGUUGCGAAGAUUACUAAGACGUGCAUGGAAGGAGACUGAUGCCUUUAAUAGAAAUAUUUUGGUAUAGACUUAUUUAUGUUUACAACUAUAUUUUUCAUACUGCAUUUAUUAUACAACUGUUUAAGAACUCAUCUUCCUAUAUUUGUGCUUCCAUAAAUUAAUCAAUCAUAGUGAGCUCUUAAUAAAGGUUUGUUGAUUAAUUUAUUUGAAGAUGCUGUGCUUGGUACAGGCAUCAGUAAAAUUGAAUGCUAUGCAUUUAUACUUUCUAAAUAACCUGUAAUUUCCUAUAAAGAGGCAAUAGUGAAUCUCAAAUGAGCCUUAGAGAGGCAGGAAGACCUGGAUUGAAAAUCUGCUUCUGGCACCACUUCCUGGAUGGCCCUGGGUAAUUCAUAACUUCUAAGUGCUGUGAGGGAUUCUCUAAAACAAGACAUAAUCGAAUUGUCAAGAUGGAUAGCAGUGUCUACAAUUGAAAUAUGCUCUACUGAUGGAGUCUGAGGUCUGGAUCCCUCUAUGAAAUGGAAUUAUCCUCCUUUGUUUAUUUUAACUUAAUUGAUGAAGAACUUGGGAUGCCCCUGCUUUCAUACUUAGUUAACCUUUUACUAGAAAAGGAAGUUUACACCCUCAAAAUACUGGAAGUAGGCCCCACAAGCAUUGCCCCUCCCCCCAUCCUGGGCAGUGCCAAGCAAAUUAAGAAACUAUGAUUGGUUUCUGAGAUGUAAUAGACUAUCCCACAGUGAGAGGAAGUAGAAACCAGAGAGACAGGAAGUGACAUGGAAAAAUGGCCUAUAAAAGAUGAGACCAAAGAGCUCAGCACUUCAUUCGGCAUUGGAUUAUUCUGGGUUGGAGAUUCUGUGUUGGUGGCUUGAGGAGUUCAGCUUUGGUGACUUGCUUGGGUUGAGAAGAUCCCGGCCUGAGACAUUGGCCUUUUGGCUCUUCUGUCUUCAGUUGGACACUCUCUUUGGUGAGGCACUCGGAUCUGGACUUAGGGUAUUUAACUAGGCAAUAUUUUCUCCCUCCUUCCUACAUUUCCUCCUUUACUAUCUCUACUCUUGCUGUAAUAAAGCUACUAAUAGCCUCAUGACUUGAUUUGAUUUUUAUAAAUGGUGACCACAACAAGCUUUUUAACCCUUAAUUUGACAAAAACCAAUUUUAACUCUUACAGCUAUAAUUCUUCCCUCAUCCCACAGUAUAAUAAAGAGAGUAUACUUGUGAGUGGAAGUUGUCAGUCUGUAUAUGCAUAUGGUAAACAAUUGGCAUCUUGCUCCAUAAAAUCUUGCUUAGAGAUAGUAUGUUUAUAGUGGCAGAGAAAGCUUUUAGGCUGAGCACUUGGGAUAUGCUCAGUCAAUAAACCUCUUACAAGCCAGCAUAAUGGUUUUAGUAGCAGCACCCCAGGCCAAGAGUAAGCAAUGCACCAUUUUAUGUAUAACUAUGUCAUUGUGCUCAGGAGUGAAAUAUGCUGUUUUACUUACACUUGUAUAGCAGGAGUUUUUUCUGGGUUUACUUGAAAUAUAAGAAAUUAUUACUAAAGGAAAAUGUUACCCUCAGAAUUUCAUGUUUUUCUUUAUUAUAAGAGACUUGAAAAUUCAGUUAGUUAUGGAACCCAAGUAUACUAAA